AAAACAGCAUUAACCCACCUACGAGGAUGAGUGCAACCACGGACAAGCUACAACGAGAUGCCCCGGAUUCAGAUGUUGUGACGAUAAGCACGACCGACUCAGCAAUUGAUGCAGGUGUCAACGACUCGACAACUGGUCAAGAGACGGACUCGGAGUGUGCGCUCCAUUCUAAGCUCUCUCGGGUCCCUCCAACUCGAUGAUAUACUCCAGCAUGGCCAUCGAUAUCAUGGCAGUGACAGUGUUCUCCUCCCAAACGACGAGUCCGAACAGGAUCGUCUCGACCUCCAACAUCACAUCCUAAAAAUGUGUCUCGACGGCGAACUUACUGUAACGAAUCUGCCUACUUCCUCACAACAUAUCUUCGAUGUUGGAACUGGGACUGGCAUCUGGGCAAUUGAGGCAGGGGACAAGUACGAAUCUGCGCAAAUAACUGGCGUGGAUAUAUCACCCAUACAACCAGUUUGGGUUCCCCCAAACGUGAUGUUCGAAAUAGACGAUAUAACGAAACCAUGGCAUCGAACCAAAGACUCGAUAGAUUUCAUUCACAUUCGGAAUAUGGUCGGCAGUAUCCGAGAUUGGAAGGCGUUGUUUGCAGAAGCUCUUGAGCAUCUCAAGCCUGGUGGGAGGAUUGAGGUAACGGAUAUCAGAACGAAGUUUGAAUGUCUGGACGGCACGUUUGAGGAGAGAGGAAAGGCGUGUAAGGAGUGGGCCGACACUUUUCAUGAGAUCGCGAAGGGCAUGGGGAUGGAUUUCGAUCCUACCCCAAAUGUUCCGGAUUGGCUCAAGGAAGUGGGAUUUGAGCACGUUCAUUUGGAAUCGAGGAUCAUACCUGUGGGACCAUGGCCCAAGAACAAGAAGUUAAAAUAUUUAGGAGCAUACUAUCUAUCACAUAUGUUAGAUGGAGGAAUGGAGAACUACUCGAUGAUGUUGUUCACAAAAGCAGGUUGGGAAGCAACAUCUGUACAUGCAUUACUUGGCAAAGUAAGAACAGAACUAAAAGAUCCAGGGAUGCAUACCUUUACAAGAGCAUGUUUCGUGACAGGGCAGAAAAGGCUCUGAUCUAUGCAAUCUUUUAUGUUCGCAUGCGUACUUGCUUCUUACUUUGGAUCCCACCUUUCGAAGAUAUUUUUGAACCAUUGGGUAAGGUGUUCGGAGUCUGGAGUUAGGUGAGCUGA